UUAAUACGGCGCGUUUGUAUUUUCUAAUAUCCAUAUAGAGCGGCGGCGCAAUCCUCGGCGGGUCAGUGGCAUGGAGCCUGCUGCGCAUGUCGUACUACUUCUGGACGUCGGACCUGGGCGUGGAGCUGAGCUCGGCCGUGCUGUUCCUGGGGGGGGCGCUGCUCUGCCUGCCCACCUGCUGGCUGUCCACCGUCGUGCCUUACCAUGUCAAGUCCUUGUCUUUGACGGCUACGCUGAUGGCACUGGUGAGCGUGGCGAUGGUGAUGCUGGCAGUGGGGUUGUCGUCCAUCGCAGGACUGGCGCGUGCGGUGCGCGACCCCGGCGCGGUCAACAACAGCAUGCUGCGCGCUAUGGCCAUCGACGCCUUCGAUCCUGCUGUUAGGAGCUCCUUCGCUGCUAUGCAGCUUGAGUUGCGAUGCUGCGGCGUGCAGUCGUACUCGGACUGGUACCAGCACCGACGCACACUGCCGCCUGCCUGCUGUGGCCGCGUGUGGAAUGGGAAGCGAGGAGACAUAUGCGAGGUGCCGCUGUACAGCAUGGGCUGUCUGCGGCCUGCCAUCGCUGAACUGCGCUACUUCGCCAACUCCAUGUCAGCGCUCUCCUCCGCCAUCGUCGUCGUCAUGGCAGUGACCCUGUUCGCGUCAGCGUACUUGCUGGUGACGGGCGUGGUGGAGCGCGGUGAGGUGCGAUCUCACAAAGCACCGGCGCCGCUACGUAUCGCGUGUCUUGCGCACCCGCCGCCGCUCGUCGCACUCACCUCCCCCGCCGCCAUACCGCACGACGCACCUAUGUAACCCACUUGCACCCGCUUGCACCCACCAGCGAACAUCACACCGUCACAUAACACGACGUAAACUUGACGAGUUUGAAGCCGAUUGCCAGCGCAGUUCACAAUUUUGUUGACGCAGGCAAAUGGUUUAUUUAACUCGGCAAUUUACCUCAAAUGUACUGUAUUUACUUAGCUGUAUCCUGCACACAAUGCCCAAACAUCUCAUCUAUUUCAUUGUCUUCUACAUAUAAUUCUGUUCUUACUUCCGUUAAUGAAUAGGUCGGGCGGAUUGAGGUUAUAGAGAUGCGUUUAACGAAUUGUAAUGUGUUCUUUGUCGACACCAAAUACUGAUUAAAUGUGUCUCUGUAACUUAUGAUUCGCUAGUUCCUAUAUUAUGCCUAAUUACACUUGAACGGGUAUGUGACUAUACUGUUUGUAGUCUGUUGCCUUGCCGCAUCUCUAGUACCAAUGCUUUUUUGCACAUCUGAUGUAUCAAAGUAGUUCUGAUGUUAUCGUCUCUUGCCUUACCAAGUGUUAACGUGGUCAGGUAAUUUAAGCUAGUUGUUUAUACUCAUAUUCAGAUUAUAUUGACUAAGUUUCCUACUGGAAGACCUUUCAGGGUAAAUCUAAUGCCUGUUAUAGUUAAAUUAUAAUUUUAAUUCAAAUGUCCUAAAAAUUGUUCGAAGUCGUAAGUAAAUGUGUAAAAUAAAUGUCUUUGUUGACA